AUCAAUUGAAAUCGAAAGCUGAAUUAUUUGCGCUGUAGGCGUUCCCACUUCUCAGUGUGUAAUUUUAAGUGUAAAGUAAAUCCCUAUAGUCGUUGUACAGUCUUGUUAUAUCAUUUCCGUUGCGCACCGCCGAUAAAGAAAAGCAUGGCCAGCCCACCCAUCUACAACCCCGUCAUACCGUGCGUGCACCCCAUCCCCGGGGGGAUGUUCCCGGGCCGCAUGAUGCGGUUCCAGGGGAACGUGCCGCCGGGCGCUCAAAGAUUUGCCAUAAACCUGCAAUGCGGCCCCAACACGGACCCGCGUGACGACAUCGCGCUACACCUCAACUUUCGCUUCGUGGAGCAGUGCGUGGUGCGGAACCACCUCACGGCCAUGUCGUGGGGUAUGGAGGAGACUAGUGGCGGUAUGCCGCUGAGCCAGGGGGGCAACUUUGAGGCGCUGCUGCUGUGUGAGCCGCAAUCCAUUAAGGUGGCGCUGAACGGUUUACACUUCUGCGAGUUCCCGCACCGCAUACCUUUCCAACGCAUAACCCACUUCACCAUCGACGGCGACGUGAUGGUACAAAUCGUGGCGUUUGAGGGGGCGCAGCCACCACAGCAGGUUUACAUGGCGCAAAGUCCACCGGCGUACGGCUCGUACGGCGCGCCGCCGCCGGCCUACGGCGCCGCCGGCUACGGCGGGCCUCCGCAAGGUUUCUAUUGAGGUGUUGAGUAAAACGAUCGGUAGGAACCUAUAACGGUCCUAGGUGCCUUGUGAAUCGGAAUCAAGAAUCAAGAGUUAUGUUUUUAAGUUUUGUAAUAAAUUUUCAAUACGUUAUUAAUUAUCAUGCACUGAAAGUGAUUUCUAAAGCAUUUACUUAUUCCAAAAAAAUAAUAAUAGAUAUAUAAAGUAAAUAGACAACACAAGUGCUAAUUGAACUAGAACAAGUUACAUACCAUCUGGGUGAUUUAUUAUAAGGUUUCUUAGCAUAUAGCAAAGAUAGAUAUAAUUCCUUAAUAGAUGGAUACAGUAAGAAAAGUGCAUCGAAAAUCAAGAAAAUUUGAUUCUCGAACAGAUGGCGCCACUACUUUUGGCCUACUCUCGAAUAGAUGACGUUGACAGUUUCGUUUGUUAUCUAACAAUUUUAACGCAUAUCAGUGAAAGAACGUGGGUCAAAAUUAUAUAAAAAUAAUUAAUGCAAAUAAAAAGAUCAUUUAUCCAUUAAUAAAUACGUUUUAUGGUAUUUUUAUACAUCUUCAUUUUUAGUUUUAAUCGUGUGUCGAUAGAUGGCAGUGAAUUUACUGUGGCUACAAAAUGUACUAUGACAGUACCGCUCUAUCCUAUUAAUAUUCAGUUUUUGACAUAAAUAUGGCUUUAAAAAUGAUCUAGAUUAUGUUUAACUCGUUCCUCAGAUUUAAAUAAAUAAAUAAAUAAAACGAUUAAAGAUAAAAUUAUUUAGUCAUUUAGUAUACUUUUCUACAACUUCGUUGUUAUUCCUUUAAUCAAUUAGUUAUACCAAAUAUUCAACGUCAAAUGAAUAAAUAUUUGGGGACAUAGGUUAGAAUUAGAAACAGAACUGACAUCUCAAAUAUACGAAUCGAAAAGACUAACCUAAGCUAAAUUUUCCAAAGACCAAUUUUUUACUUACGCGCCUUGGCAAACAUUUUUUGGCCCAAUUCCAACUUUUUUUUUACUUUUUUUAUACAGGAUGGCCAAAAAAUAUAUGCAUUCCCGUUGCCAGGGAGGUUUUGGCAUUAUACUGAGCAACUUUUACUAUGGGACCAACCCCGAAAUCGUGAAAAAAGUUUUAUCUCAUAUAUUUCGGCUGGUCCGUUUUCUAUGGGAGGGUAAUUUUUUUUUUCGCGAUUUCGUGGUUGGUCCCAUAAAAGUUGCUCAGUAUAAUCCCAAAACCUCCCUGGCAACGGGAAUGCACAUAUUUUUGGCCACCCUGUAUAUCCCAAAGCACAUAUUUCUGACUACUUGCGUUGUCUAUUUAUGUAUGUAUGUAUAAACUCUUUAUUGUACAAAGACAUUUAUUAUUCUUGGUUGUGCAUAAUUUAUUAUACAGUCGCAGGUCAUUUUGGUCGUUUUUUUCGUCAGAUUUGGAUGAAAUUUGACUGGUUUGAAGACCACAUUCUGGACGGGAUAAAUACGAAAUCACAAUUCGUCCCGAUAAAAAGUCGCGGGAAGAUUUUUAGGGCAUUUUAGUAACAUUUUUGUGUUAUCGAAAUUAAACCAACGAAAAAAAACGCAUAACUACAAAGCAAGCUUAGAAACAUCUGCUCUUGACUGUACUUGUACAGAUAUAAAUAUACCAUAGAUGACGCAAAUGCAUCUACUUCGCGUGUCCGAACCCCGAGAAAUCCUCGGGGUUGACCGUCGCUCUUGACAUUCCACGCGCGUCAGUUGUUGCAGCCGGACGUCCGUGAUAACUUAAAAAAUGCCUCGUUGCGUGAUAAUUAACUGCAACAGCCCAAAAAUUGCGAGCACCCAAAGGCAAAAACAUAUUUCCUAUCACAGGUAAGUAAUUUUAAAAUUAUAUUAUGCGUAAAUUUUGUAAUAAAAAGUCGGCACGCUUGGUUUCAAUACAAAUCGUGAUAUUUGCGUCAUCUAGCGUAUAUAUUAAAUCUGUGUACAUGUACAACUAACCACAAUUUCUUACCAAUAUUUAUUAUUAAGUACCUAAUAGAUGUUUAAAAAACAUUAUAGUCGUUAAAAUAUUGUCAAGUCGCAUUUUAGACUUAGUAAAUAAAUGUAUGACAAGUUUAGAUUUGCAUUUUUAUAUGAUUUAAGAUCCAGUGCUUUUUGAGCAUAAAAAUGUUUCCUUAUAAAUAAUAAAUUCGUAUUGUCCUUUACGUUAGGAAUGUAAAUAAAAUCGCAUUUUUUCGUCAUUU